AUGCAGACUGCUUCUACAAACAUUUGUGAAAGACUGUGCAAUAUGUCCAUCCCUGAAAUUUCCUUGCCACUAAAUAUUCCACGGUCAACUGUUAGUGGUAUUAUAACAAAGUGGAAGCAACUGGGAACAACAGCAACUCAGACACGAAGGGGUAGGCCACGUAAAAUGACAGAGCAGGGUCAGCGCAUGCUGAAGCGAAUAGUGCGCAGAAGUCGCCAACUGUCAGCAGUCAAUAGCUAAAUACCUUUAAACUUUGUGUCUUUCAAAUUAGCACAACAACAGUGCAUAGAGAGCUUCAUAGAAUGGGUUUCCAUGGCCAAGCAGCUGCAUCCAAGCCUUACAUUACCAAGUGCAAUGCAAAGCGUCGGAUGCAGUGGUGUAAAGCACACCACCACUGGACUCUAG